CUGAUUUGGGACUAGCAGUAGAAUUUAUUUUGUAGGGCUGUCAUAAGGCUUAAGUGUAUGGAUUUGUGUAAUACAUUGGGUCAGCGUCUGGCAUCACAGUCAUUAGAAUCACCCUACAGAGGCUUUGGUUAUUUAGUGGAAGCCUUUGUGGUCGCUUUUUUAUUUGCUUUGUUUGUUACAUUCCUGAUUACCCCUGGACCAAUGGCCACAGCCCUCUGGACCAACAUGCAGUUCUAAUACAGGCUGCAGACAUCCAAGAGUAGGAAAUAGAUCACUCUGCAGAAGAUUGGCACCCACCACCUGAUCUACCUAGUAUAAAAAAGGCAGAUCUACAGGAGUGGUGAAGCAAUCGGCUAGACAAAUGAUGAGAAAAGAGAUAGGACAAAAUUGUCCAGAAAGGAGGCCUCGGCUGAGACGCGCAGCCUCUUUGAAAAGGUCACAUGGUGUCGAGCAUGCAGGAGGAAAGCCAUAGGAGAGCUCCCUUUGAGGAGACCAUUCCACCAGCUCUCGGAAAGAAAAUGUUAUGCAAGGGAUGUCAGCUGAUACACUGUCUCUCCACUGUGCAAGCGGGGGCUGACCUAAUCAGAGAGGCUGCUUCCACCAUGGGAUGUUGCCAGCUCAUCACCUUUGACCACGACAGAUGCUGCUUUUUUCUGGUCACUGUUUUCCCUGCUAUCUGGGAGCAAACGUCAAUGGAGGAACACAAUCAGAACCAUUACGUGUUCCUCUGCAUCUUAGCCCCACUGCCCAACCACGUGCCCUCGGGGCAGGAAGUAUAGCACGGGUGUGGGAGGGAGUGAUUCCAUUUAAAAGACCCAUCUUUCUCAAGGCCCUCCACCACUUUGGAGGCAUGGGAGGCCCCAUUCAUUUGUUCAUUUCACAAAUAGUUAUUGAACACUUACUUUUGUGCCAAGCAUUGUGCUAGGUGCCCGGGAUCACAACAGUGACCAAGACAUUCAUGGAACUUCUAUUGCAAGUUGGGUAGAUGUUCCAAAAAAUAAAAUAAAAUAAAAUAAGAAAAUCAAAUGCAUAUACAAAUUACUGCAACUUGUGAAACAUGUGAUGAAGGAAAUAAAUGGGGUGCAAUCAUGGUAAUGGGAUGCCUAUUCUAGACAAGAUUAGCCCAAAAUGUACUGUAGCUCAUGGAGAAUUCAUUGUACGGCUAGUAUUACUAAUUCCAUCCAUUUAUCCAUCCAUCCAUCCAUCCAAUACCAUAUGGUGGUUAAGAGCCUGGACUCAGAACGGUUCAAGGUGGAAUCUGGCUUUGCCAUGUAUUAGCCGCAGGACCUCGGACAAAUUGCCUUCUCUAUGUCGCAGUCUUCUCACCUAUGGAAUAGAGGUGAUAGCCAUCUACCAUAUGGUGUUGCCCUAAAAUUUAAAUAAGGUAAUAAUACCCCUUUGCUCCAUCCUGGGCACAAUGCUUAAUGCAUGCUAACAAUUUUGUUUCUUCACUCAGUGGAGGAAUAUUUCCUAAGGAUUUUUAAGUGCCAAAUACACUGCUGAAUGUUGCAGUUGGGGUGGGAAGAGAGAGAGACAAAGGCCAACCAUUGCUCUGAAAGAGAAAAUUUAUAUGAAUCCAAGCAGAUGAAUCCAUCCAAAUUUAUAUGAAAUUCUAAGAGAGGCAUUCAACAGUCAUUGCCAUUUUACCUGCAUAUGCCAGCUUUGAAUUCCCACCAUCCAGAAAGGCAGCUCACAAGUUAAACUGAGCAAACAGCCAGAGAAUAACACCUAGCCUCACCUCUUGGUUUUUAAAAAGGGGGUCAUGCUGGGAAAGGCACUGGCCUGGGAAUCCUGAGAACUGAGUUCCUCUUCUGAUUCUGUUGAGCUAGAACCACAUAAGCCUGUUUAGUCACCUUCCCUCUCAAGGUAUCCUGAGGAUUUGAUGAGGUAACACAACUCGGAAGCUCCAAAGCCACACAGAAGGCUUUCCAGGAAGGUCCUUGUUCUUUCUUUAGUUGGUAGCCAAACCACCCUGCCUCUCUAGGUCCCUGUUCCUCCCUUGUAACCUGCAAAUAACAAGAUCCUAGCCAGGGUGGGUGCAAGGCUCAAGAGAAUCGACAGGUGUGGAGGGUAUUUUGAACAGGGAAAGGGCUAUGCUGCGGAAAGGGUAAUUAUUACUGGAUAGGGGAGCCUAGCCACAUAGUGAACAUUUCUAUGAGCUGAAAAAUCACAGAUGCUGAGGGAGCCUGACUUGAUUGCCAUUUACAGCAGCCUAUCCGAAAAAUAAGAGCAUCCUCUGGCCUGCACUUCUCUCUCUCUCUAAUUGUGAACAUUUGAUGGUGCUGAUCAGUGGAUCUCUAAAUGCUAUGCAGCCUCUUGCCAAGUUGAUGUAGCAUCAGACAGCAGGCACAAUGCCUGGCCCCUUCCCCCUACCUGCCUCCUUGCCUGAAAUACCUGCUUUCCGAAACAAGUUUAUAAUAACUGCUGGACUAGGAAGAGAAGUGUUUUUGCAAAUAAAUACAUUUCCUAAUUAAAACUUGCCCUUUAAAGACGCACACUUUCUUGGCCCCAUUAUAGGUUUUGUUUUCCUUGUAACAUAUCACAGAAUCAAUAAGGGCAAUGCAAACAUCUCUAAUAUAUACAGUUGCAACAGCUCUAAUAACAUAUCUGCCUGCCUACGAAUGCCUGCUCCCCCUCUCCAGCCCAGCUGAUAAUUUCCCCUGAUUUGUUAAAUGCUCUCUUAUUUCACUCUCAAAGCUUAAAAGGCAGUUAGUUAGUCUACAAGGGGGAGUGAGUAGGGUGGGUUGAAAAGGGAAGAGGGGGGGUCACAGCAGUGUUCGGUUUUGUUAAUGACAGCUUCUAAUUUUUGUUAUGAAAGUAAAGGAAGGUUCAUUGGGAGACAGAAAGUUUCAAAAUAGCAUGAAGAAGAAAGUGUGUCCCUCAUACUCCUAUCACCCAGAGGCAGCCAUUGUUAAUAUUUGGCAUGAUUUCCCCCCCCCCAAUUUUUCUCCACCAUGAUUUUUACGUCGUUAACAAUUCUGAAGCCUGCUUCUUAAAUAUCUUACACGCCAACACUGGCAUUUCUCCAUGGCAUAAAAGAAACUCUGCAAAAGAAAAACUUUCGAGUGGCUGCAUAAGGUUCCAACAAGGUUGUCCCCCAGUUUACUCAUCCUAGUUGACUACAAAUCAUGUACUGCUACCAUAUCUCAUCUAGCUUUUCUUUUCUUUUCUUUUUUUUUUUUUUUCUGGGUAAUGCAUGGGGCUGGCCAUUUGGAGAGUGUUAGGUUGAAUUUUACAGCAGUGUUUUUGAUGGCACAGAGCAGCUGUACAGAAGAAUCUCGAGCUAGCUUUAGAGUUCGAGCACAACAUGGUAACAAACUGGCCUUAUUUUAUUUUCCCCUCUAAAAUGUCCAUUUCCUCCUGAAUUCUCUGGACCUCAAAGUGACUAGAGCCACCCUCUACUCAGGUACUCAAGCUUGAGACUCAGGAGACACUUGGGAUUUUUCCUUGUCCGCCCCCUCCCACCAGUCACCAAUGAACCCUGUUCAUUCUACCUCCUCCGUCCCUCUCAUGUGUCUCAUCCCGGCUCCAGCCUCACUGCCAUGGUCUUGGUUUACCUAAGGGACCUACAUGAGCAUCUCUGAUCUUUCCAAGCCACUCCCUUUAACCCACUUCCCCUCAAAGCUCUAAGAUCUCCUUUUUCAAAUACACUUAAGACCAUCUGCCUCCUCUACUUAAAAACCUUUCACACCGCCCUACUUCCCACCCACCGAGCCCCUGAGCUUUCAGAAUGUUUGUGAUCCUCAGCUUCCUUGAGUCCCCUUCAAGACCCUGCCCUACCUAUUUAUCUAGACUGGACCCCAGGUGUUCCCUUCACAUGCCAACUCCAUGGCCAUAAGGAGUGCCUCAUGCUUUUGUCCAUGUCCUUGUCCUUUACUUCAAAAGCAUCUCCCCUCCCUUCACGGGCUAGCAAACUUUCUUGCCUUCAAAAUUCAGCUGGAAUGCCGCCUCCUACAGGAAGUCUUCCCUGGCCCCCAAGGAUUUGGUUGGGCAUCCUUCUGGGCUCACGCUCUGUCCAUUUAGGCAAAUACCCACCACACUGUGCCUCUCCUUGAAGGUGAAGAUUGAGCUUUGUUCAUAUGCUUUAACCACUAAAUGAUUCAGUUAUAUAUUUCCUAAAAACGAGGUAGUCACCUUCAUAACCAGCAAUUAUCAAAUAUUGUGAAGUUGACACUGAUACAAACUGUUAUCUAAGGUACAGACCUUAUUUUCACCAGCUGUUCCCUAAAUGUCCCAAUCUAGGACCACAUGUUGCACUUAUCAUGACCACUAAGCUGUUCCUUUAAUCUGGAACUGUUCUAGAGUCUUUGUCUCUUAAGACUUUGGUAUUGUUGAGGAGUAUGUGACAGUUAUUUCACUAAAUGGUCCUCAGUUUGGGCUUAUCUGAUGGAUCUUCAUGAUUCAAUUCAGGUCAUUCAUGUUUGGGCAGAGAAACCACAGAAGUCGUGUGACGUUCCUCUCGGUGCAUCGGGAGGCAUAGGAUAUCCGUCCGUCUGGCAAAUCCCAGGUGAUGUUGACUUAUUAACUACGUGAUUAAGGUGAAGUUGGCCAGCUUUUUCAAAUGUAAAGUUAAUGUUCUCCCCUUUGACAUUAAUCAAAGAUAUUUUGAAGCUAUGCAAGAUAGCUUGUUUCUUAUCACACUUCCAUCCCUGCUUUUAUCAUUUGGGCUUGUUUUCUCAUUGGUCAAAUGAGGUGCACAGAAUGGGAAGUGAGUUCCAAAAAUUGUCCUCUCAAGGAUCCCUCUAUUCCAGCCCUCAGCCCUCCAUGGGUCUCCUAUUCUGAGCCUUUCAUCCACCAAACAAGUGGCAUUUCUCGAGGUGUAAGUGACAGUUUCCUCUUAUACCUUAGUCACAUAUGUCUACUGCACUGCAUAGUCACAAAGGUGGGGCCUGUUUGCCUCACUACUAGAUGCCCAGAGCUGGUCACAGUGCCAACCACAGAGUAGGUGGGCAAUAGUUGUCUGUCAAAGGACCGAAUCUGACUACUCACCACGGCUUGUCCCAGCAUUUGACGUCUGUGCUGAGAACACAGAGUUGAUAUAUGUUACCCGAAGGCAGAGCCUCGACAUUUCAGUUAGUCUCAGAGGCUUUGUCACUGGUCAGUGUUCAGUGAUCAUAAAGGUUUUGAAAAUAGAUUGGACAGUGUGUGGCAACCUCCCUCUCCCCCUCCCCUGCCUUUCUGGGGCACCUAGGUUAGGAGAUAUUGAAGGGGCAUUCCAGCUCCCCAAGUUUAUAUUGUACUCUCUGUGAUGUUUCUGUAAUUAGCGGAUGGCAACUGGUUAGUCUCCUGACCCCACAAGAGAGAUGUUUAAAAAUAUCCUCGAUCUUGUUUCACAUUUAGUAUCAUCACAUUCGUAUUGACACACUUCCUCCUUCAUUAAGCACUCGAGAUCACGGAGAUAUAAGGUAGCAGAAGAUCAGGAAGGGAGUUUUAAAAGGGGCUGGGAGCAAAGGAAAGCAAUAUUAACUGAGCAUCUCCUAUAUACAUGGCCAGUGCUGUCUUUCCUUUGUUCUUGCUUUUAAUCCUCACCAGUAGGUAUAAUUAUCCGUUUUACAGAUGAGAAAACUGACGCUGGCUAAGGGGUAACAGCCUACACUCAGUCGUGCAGCUAGGAUGCAGCAGGGCUGGAGUGGGAAUUCCUGGGGUUUCUCCCCUAAGCCCCUGCAAAUUGCCACUGCACCAAGCUGCCUCUCCCAUUGUAUUAAAAUGCCCUUCUCUUGGAAAUGUGCUGGCGAUCACGAUCCAGACAGGCGAAGGACAGAAAUCUCUUGGACCACGUUCACUGCAGUUAUUUUUUAAAUGAUUGUUAUCACGACUCAGUAGCUGUUACCAUGGUUUUGGGGAAGUUGUCCGAGGAAGGAGGGCCUUUCUCUGGGCAUCUUGCGUGCCUGAGGAAGGAACUCAAGUUCUCAGCUCUUAAUUACCUCUGGCUGUGCUGCAGCAGCGGCGGCGAGAGAGACCUUCUCUGGGAAAGUGUCGAGGGUGUGAAAUAAUAUCAGGGAGUAGGCUGGGAGGCGGGCCACGCGACCCAGAGACCCGGGGACAGGCGGUGGGGGAGGGAGAGGAGACCAGACGACACCGCAGAGACGCGGGGGAGAAAGCCAAAGCGGGAAGAAAGAGAACAAAAGGCCAGGGGAGAGGAAGUCGAGGAAAGUCGGGACGAGGAAGGAGAAAGUUUGAGAAAGGGGGCGAGAAAGGAAGCGAGGACAGUGGAAGAAGAGCCCCGAGAAGGAUCCUGAACUGAGAGAACUUGGAGAAUUGGCGAACGAAAAGGAAAUACGAAGGCGAGAAGAUGGAGAAAGAAGCGGAGAGGAAGAAGAAAAGGGGAGAAAGGAAGACGUUGGAGAGAACAGAGAGUCUGGGCUGACCGAGAGGCCGAUGGAAACACUGAGACUCAGAGAGGGCUAGUGAUCUCUUGGACCCUUGGUCAGUAGAAAGGAUCCCGUCCCGUCCUCCAGGAUCUGAUGGCCCCGGAGCAAGGGCUGCCGGGCCCACGGACGCUGCUGACUCUUCAGAACGUGCUGACAUGGAGCCAGACCACUCGGCCCUGAGUGCGGCGAGGACCCUGUUCGUGGAUGUGGAGGAGCGCGGGCCGGAGGCCAUGGACGUGAAGGAGAGGAAGCCGUACCGCUCGCUGACCCGGCGCCGCGACGCCGAGCGCCGCUACACCAGCUCGUCCGCUGACAGCGAGGAGGGCAAGGCCCCGCAGAAGUCCUACAGCUCCAGCGAGACCCUCAAGGCCUACGACCAGGACGCCCGCCUGGCCUACGGGGGCAGCAGCCGCGUCAAGGACCUGGUGCCGCAGGAGGCCGAGGAGUUCUGCCGCCCGGGUACCAACUUCACCCUGCGUGAGCUGGGGCUGGGGGAGGUGACGCCCCCUCACGGGACCCUGUACCGGACAGACAUCGGCCUCCCGCACUGUGGCUACUCCAUGGGGGCCAGCUCCGAGGCCGACCUGGAGGCUGACACUGUGCUGUCCCCCGAGCACCCCGUGCGGCUGUGGGGCCGCAGCACACGGUCGGGGCGCAGCUCCUGCCUGUCCAGCCGGGCCAACUCCAACCUCACGCUCACCGACACGGAGCACGAGAACACGGAGACUGGUGCUCCCUUGCAUUGUUCAUCCGCUUCAUCAACCCCUAUUGAGCAGUCCCCCUCCCCGCCCCCCUCUCCUCCGGCCAAUGAGAGCCAGAGGCGGUUGCUAGGCAACGGUGUGGCCCAGCCAACCCAGGACUCAGACUCUGAGGAAGAGUUUGUCCCUAAUUCAUUCUUAGUUAAAAGUGGCUCCGCCAGCCUGGGGGUCGCGGCAAACGAUCCCCCGGGCGGCCUGCAGAACCACUCUCGGCUCCGGACGCCUCCGCCGCCGCUCUCGCACGCCCACGGCCCCAACCAGCACCACGCGGCCUCCGUUAGCUCCCUGAACCGGGGCAACUUCACUCCAAGGAGCAACCCCAGCCCAGCACCCACGGACCACUCGCUCUCCGGAGAACCCGUGGCUGGCGCCCAGGAGCCUGCCCACGCCCAGGACAACUGGCUGCUCAACAGCAACAUCCCGCUGGAGACCAGAAACCUAGGCAAGCAGCCAUUCCUAGGGACAUUGCAGGACAACCUCAUUGAGAUGGACAUUCUCAGCGCCUCCCGCCAUGAUGGGGCUUACAGUGACGGGCACUUCCUCUUCAAGCCGGGGGGCACCUCCCCACUCUUCUGCACCACGUCGCCGGGGUACCCCCUGACGUCCAGUACUGUGUACUCUCCCCCGCCCCGGCCCCUGCCCCGCAGCACCUUCUCCCGACCGGCCUUCAACCUCAAGAAGCCCUCCAAGUACUGCAACUGGAAGUGCGCGGCCCUGAGCGCCAUCGUCAUCUCGGCCGCGCUGGUCAUCCUGCUGGCGUACUUUGUGGCCAUGCACCUGUUUGGCCUAAACUGGCACCUGCAGCCGCUGGAGGGGCAGAUGUAUGAGAUCACGGAGGACACAGCCAGCAGUUGGCCUGUGCCAACCGACGUCUCCCUGUAUCCCUCAGGGGGCACUGGGUUAGAGAUCCCUGACAGGAAAGGCAAAGGAGCCACAGAAGGAAAGCCCAGUGGUUUCUUUCCAGAGGACAGUUUUAUAGACUCUGGAGAAAUCGAUGUGGGGCGACGGGCUUCCCAGAAGAUCCCUCCCGGCACUUUCUGGAGAUCCCAGGUCUUCAUAGACCACCCUGUGCAUCUGAAGUUCAAUGUGUCUCUGGGGAAGGCGGCUCUGGUUGGCAUUUAUGGCAGAAAAGGCCUUCCUCCUUCGCACACACAGUUUGACUUUGUGGAGCUGCUGGAUGGAAGGAGGCUCUUGACCCAGGAGGCACGGAGCCUGGAGGGACCCCAGCGCCAAUCUCGGGGAGCUGUCCCCCCCUCAAGCCAUGAGACUGGCUUCAUCCAGUACUUGGACUCAGGAAUCUGGCACCUGGCUUUUUACAAUGACGGGAAGGAGUCCGAAGUGGUUUCCUUUUUCACCACCGCCAUCGAAUCGGUGGAUAACUGCCCUAGCAACUGCUAUGGCAACGGCGACUGCAUCUCUGGGACCUGCCACUGCUUCCUGGGCUUCCUGGGCCCUGACUGCGGCAGAGCCUCCUGCCCUGUGCUCUGUAGUGGGAACGGCCAAUACAUGAAGGGCAGGUGCCUGUGCCACAGCGGCUGGAAGGGUGCCGAGUGCGACGUGCCCACCACCCAGUGCAUCGACGUGGCCUGCAGCAACCAUGGCACCUGCAUCAUGGGCACCUGCAUCUGCAACCCCGGCUACAAGGGCGAGAACUGUGAGGAAGUGGACUGCAUGGACCCCACGUGCUCGGGCCGGGGUGUCUGCGUGAGAGGCGAGUGCCACUGCUCUGUGGGCUGGGGAGGCACCAACUGCGAGACGCCCAGGGCCACGUGCUUGGACCAGUGUUCGGGCCACGGAACCUUCCUCCCAGACACCGGGCUUUGCAGCUGUGACCCAAGCUGGACUGGACACGACUGUUCCAUCGAGAUCUGUGCUGCUGACUGCGGUGGCCACGGCGUCUGCGUGGGGGGCACCUGCCGCUGUGAGGACGGCUGGAUGGGGGCGGCCUGCGACCAGCGUGCCUGCCACCCGCGCUGUGCAGAGCACGGGACCUGCCGGGACGGCAAGUGCGAGUGCAGCCCGGGCUGGAACGGCGAGCACUGCACCAUCGCGCACUAUCUGGAUAGGGUAGUUAAAGAGGGUUGCCCUGGCUUGUGCAACGGCAACGGCAGAUGUACCUUGGACCUGAAUGGGUGGCACUGCGUCUGCCAGCUGGGCUGGAGAGGAGCUGGCUGUGACACAUCCAUGGAAACCGCCUGUGGUGACAGCAAAGACAACGAUGGAGAUGGCUUGGUGGACUGCAUGGACCCCGACUGCUGCCUGCAGCCCCUCUGUCAUGUCAACCCGCUGUGCCUGGGCUCCCCCGACCCUCUGGACAUCAUCCAGGAGACCCAGGCCCCCGUGUCCCAGCAGAACCUGCACUCCUUCUACGACCGCAUCAAGUUCCUCGUGGGCCGGGACAGCACACACAUCAUCCCCGGGGAGAACCCCUUUGACGGAGGGCAUGCCUGUGUCAUUCGAGGUCAAGUAAUGACCUCGGACGGGACCCCGCUGGUUGGUGUAAACAUCAGUUUCGUCAAUAACCCUCUCUUUGGAUACACGAUCAGCAGGCAAGACGGCAGCUUUGACUUGGUCACGAAUGGUGGCAUCUCCAUCACCCUGCGGUUCGAGCGGGCCCCCUUCAUCACACAGGAGCACACCCUCUGGCUGCCUUGGGAUCGCUUCUUCGUCAUGGAAACCAUCAUUAUGCGGCACGAGGAGAACGAGAUCCCCAGCUGCGACCUGAGCAACUUUGCCCGCCCCAGCCCUGUCCUGUCUCCCUCCCCGAUGACAUCCUUUGCCAGCUCCUGUGCGGAGAAAGGCCCCAUCGUUCCUGAGAUUCAGGCGCUGCAGGAGGAAAUCGCCAUCUCCGGCUGCAAGAUGCGGCUGAGCUACCUGAGCAGCCGCACCCCGGGCUACAAGGCGGUGCUGAGGAUCCGGCUCACCCACCCGACCAUCCCCUUCAACCUCAUGAAGGUCCACCUCAUGGUGGCGGUCGAGGGCCGCCUCUUCAGGAAGUGGUUUGCCGCAGCCCCAGACCUGUCCUAUUACUUCAUCUGGGACAAGACGGACGUCUACAACCAGAAGGUGUUCGGGCUCUCGGAAGCCUUCGUUUCUGUGGGGUAUGAGUAUGAAUCCUGCCCAGAUCUGAUCCUGUGGGAAAAAAGAACAGCAGUGCUGCAGGGCUAUGAAAUCGAUGCUUCCAAGCUGGGAGGAUGGAGCCUGGACAAACACCACGCCCUCAACAUCCAAAGUGGCAUCCUGCACAAAGGCAACGGGGAGAACCAGUUUGUGUCUCAGCAGCCCCCUGUCAUCGGGAGCGUCAUGGGCAACGGGCGCCGGAGAAGCAUCUCCUGCCCCAGCUGCAACGGCCUGGCCGACGGCAACAAGCUCCUGGCCCCCGUGGCGCUCACCUGCGGCUCCGACGGGAGCCUGUACGUGGGGGACUUCAACUACAUCCGGAGAAUCUUCCCCUCCGGAAACGUCACCAACAUCCUGGAGCUGAGCCACAGUCCAGCUCACAAAUACUACCUGACCACAGACCCCAUGAGUGGGGCCGUCUUCCUCUCUGACACCAACAGCCGGCUCUUUAAGAUCAAGUCCACCGUGGUGGCGAAGGACCUCGUCAAGAAUUCCGAGGUGGUGGCGGGGACAGGGGACCAGUGCCUCCCCUUUGAUGACACGCGCUGCGGAGAUGGUGGGAAGGCCACAGAAGCCACACUUACCAACCCCAGGGGCAUCACGGUGGACAUCGGGCUGAUCUACUUCGUGGAUGGCACCAUGAUCAGACGCAUCGAUCAGAACGGCGUCAUCUCCACCCUGCUGGGCUCCAACGACCUCACCUCCGCCCGGCCCCUGAGCUGUGAUUCUGUCAUGGAUAUUUCUCAGGUCCGCCUGGAGUGGCCCACAGACUUAGCCGUCAACCCAAUGGACAACUCCCUCUACGUCCUGGACAACAACGUGGUCCUGCAGAUCUCUGAAAACCACCAGGUGCGCAUUGUGGCCGGGAGGCCCAUGCACUGCCAGGUCCCGGGCAUCGACCACUUCCUGCUGAGCAAGGUGGCCAUCCACGCCACCCUGGAGUCGGCCACCGCCUUGGCCGUCUCUCACAACGGGGUCCUGUACAUUGCGGAGACCGACGAGAAGAAGAUCAACCGCAUCAGGCAGGUCACCACCAGCGGAGAGAUCUCGCUGGUGGCCGGGGCCCCCAGCGGCUGCGACUGUAAAAAUGAUGCCAACUGCGAUUGUUUCUCUGGAGACGAUGGCUAUGCCAAGGAUGCAAAGCUGAAUACCCCCUCGUCCUUGGCCGUGUGUGCCGAUGGGGAGCUCUACGUGGCCGACCUUGGGAAUAUCCGAAUUCGGUUUAUCAGGAAGAACAAGCCUUUCCUCAACACCCAGAACAUGUACGAGCUGUCCUCGCCCAUCGACCAGGAGCUCUACCUGUUUGACACCAGUGGCAGGCAUCUCUACACCCAGAGCCUGCCCACAGGAGAUUACCUGUACAACUUCACCUACACCGGUGACGGCGACGUCACGCUCAUCACGGACAACAACGGCAACAUGGUGAACGUCCGCAGAGACUCGACGGGGAUGCCCCUCUGGCUGGUGGUCCCAGACGGCCAGGUCUACUGGGUGACCAUGGGCACCAACAGCGCCCUCAAGAGUGUGACCACCCAAGGACAUGAGCUGGCCAUGAUGACGUACCACGGCAACUCUGGCCUUCUGGCCACCAAAAGCAACGAAAAUGGAUGGACAACAUUUUAUGAGUACGACAGCUUUGGCCGCCUGACAAACGUGACCUUCCCUACUGGCCAGGUGAGCAGUUUCCGAAGUGAUACAGACAGCUCGGUGCACGUCCAGGUAGAGACCUCCAGCAAGGAUGACGUCACCAUAACCACCAACCUGUCUGCUUCGGGUGCCUUCUACACGCUGCUGCAAGACCAGGUCCGGAACAGCUACUACAUCGGGGCCGACGGCUCCCUGCGGCUGCUGCUGGCCAACGGCAUGGAGGUGGCCCUGCAGACGGAGCCGCACCUGCUGGCCGGGACCGUCAACCCCACCGUGGGCAAGAGGAACGUCACGCUGCCCAUCGACAACGGCCUCAACCUGGUGGAGUGGCGGCAGCGCAAGGAGCAGGCUCGGGGCCAGGUCACCGUCUUCGGGCGCCGGCUUCGGGUUCACAACCGGAACCUCCUGUCUCUGGACUUUGACCGCGUGACACGCACGGAGAAGAUCUACGACGACCACCGCAAGUUCACCCUCCGGAUCCUCUACGACCAGGCAGGGCGGCCCAGCCUCUGGUCACCCAGCAGCGUGAAUGGCGUCAACGUGACCUACUCCCCAGGGGGCCACAUUGCCGGCAUCCAGAGGGGCAUCAUGUCUGAGAGGAUGGAGUACGACCAGUCAGGUCGCCUCACGUCUAGGAUCUUCGCUGAUGGGAAGACAUGGAGCUACACGUACCUAGAGAAGUCCAUGGUGCUGCUCCUCCACAGCCAGCGGCAGUACAUCUUUGAGUUCGACAAGAACGACCGCCUCUCCUCCGUGACCAUGCCCAACGUGGCCCGGCAGACGCUGGAGACCAUCCGCUCGGUGGGUUACUACAGGAACAUCUACCAGCCCCAGGGCAAUGCCUCGGUCAUCCAGGACUUCACGGAGGACGGGCACCUCCUCCACACCUUCUACCUGGGCACCGGCCGCAGGGUGAUCUACAAGUACGGCAAGCUGUCCAAGCUGGCCGAGAUGCUCUACGACACCACCAAGGUGAGCUUCGCCUACGACGAGACGGCUGGCAUGCUCAAGACCAUCACCCUCCAGAACGAAGGCUUCACCUGCACCAUCCGCUACCGUCAAAUCGGGCCCCUGAUCGACCGCCAGAUCUUCCGCUUCACCGAGGAAGGCAUGGUCAACGCCCGCUUCGACUACAACUAUGACAACAGCUUCCGGGUGACCAGCAUGCAGGCCGUGAUCAACGAGACCCCUCUGCCCAUCGACCUCUAUCGCUACGAUGACGUGUCGGGCAAGACGGAGCAGUUCGGGAAGUUUGGCGUCAUCUACUAUGACAUCAACCAGAUCAUCACCACGGCGGUCAUGACCCACACCAAGCACUUCGACGCCUACGGCCGGAUGAAGGAAGUGCAGUACGAGAUCUUCCGCUCGCUCAUGUACUGGAUGACCGUCCAGUACGAUAACAUGGGGCGGGUGGUGAAGAAGGAGCUGAAGGUGGGGCCCUACGCCAACACCACCCGCUACGCCUACGAGUACGAUGCCGACGGCCAGCUGCAGACGGUCUCCAUCAAUGACAAACCACUCUGGCGGUACAGCUACGACCUCAAUGGGAACCUGCACUUGCUGAGCCCGGGGAACAGUGCGCGGCUCACCCCGCUACGCUAUGACCUCCGGGACCGCAUCACCAGGCUGGGGGACGUGCAGUACAAGGUGGACGAGGAUGGUUUCCUGAGGCAGCGGGGCAGUGAUGUCUUCGAGUACAACUCAGCGGGCCUGCUCAUCAAGGCCUACAACCGGGGCGGUGGCUGGAGCGUCAGGUACCGCUACGAUGGCCUGGGGCGGCGGGUGUCCAGCAAGAGCAGCCACAGCCACCACCUGCAGUUCUUCUAUGCAGACCUGACCAAUCCCACCAAGGUCACGCACCUCUACAACCACUCCAGCUCUGAGAUCACAUCCCUCUACUACGACCUGCAAGGACACCUCUUCGCCAUGGAGCUGAGCAGCGGGGACGAGUUUUACAUCGCCUGCGACAACAUCGGGACCCCUCUCGCUGUCUUCAGUGGGACAGGCUUGAUGAUCAAGCAGAUCCUGUACACGGCCUACGGGGAGAUCUACAUGGACACUAACCCCAACUUCCAGAUCAUCAUCGGCUACCACGGCGGCCUCUACGACCCGCUCACCAAGCUCGUGCACAUGGGCCGGCGGGAUUACGACGUGCUGGCGGGCCGCUGGACCAGCCCAGACCACGAGUUGUGGAAGCACCUUAGCAGCAGCAAUAUCAUGCCUUUUAAUCUCUAUAUGUUUAAAAACAACAACCCCAUCAGCAACGCUCAGGACAUCAAGUGCUUCAUGACAGAUGUCAACAGCUGGCUCCUCACCUUCGGAUUCCAGCUUCACAAUGUGAUUCCCGGCUAUCCCAAGCCAGACACGGAUGCCAUGGAACCGUCCUACGAGCUCUCCCACACGCAGAUGAAAACUCAGGAAUGGGACAACAGCAAGUCUAUCCUUGGGGUACAGUGUGAGGUGCAGAAGCAGCUCAAGGCCUUCGUCACCCUGGAACGUUUUGAGCAGCUCUAUGGCUCCACAAUCACCAGCUGCCAGCAGGCCCCAGAGACAAAGAAGUUUGCAUCCAGCGGCUCAGUCUUCGGCAAGGGGGUCAAGUUCGCCCUGAAGGAUGGCCGAGUGACCACAGACAUCAUCAGUGUGGCCAACGAGGACGGGCGGAGGGUCGCUGCCAUCUUGAACAACGCCCACUACCUGGAGAACCUGCACUUCACCAUCGACGGGGUGGACACCCACUACUUCGUGAAACCGGGGCCUUCCGACGGCGACCUGGCCAUCCUAGGGCUCAGCGGGGGGCGGCGAACCCUGGAGAACGGGGUCAACGUCACGGUGUCCCAGAUCAACACGAUGCUCAACGGCAGGACUAGACGCUACACAGACAUCCAGCUCCAGUACGGGGCGCUGUGCUUGAACACCCGCUACGGGACCACGCUGGACGAGGAGAAGGUGCGGGUGCUGGAGCUGGCCCGGCAGAGAGCCGUGCGCCAGGCCUGGGCCCGGGAGCAGCAGAGACUCCGGGACGGGGAGGAAGGCCUGCGGGCCUGGACAGAGGGCGAGAAGCAGCAGGCGCUGAACACAGGGCGGGUUCAAGGCUACGAUGGCUUCUUCGUGAUCUCCGUCGAGCAGUACCCGGAACUGUCGGACAGCGCCACCAACAUCCACUUCAUGAGACAGAGCGAGAUGGGCCGAAGGUGACAGGGAGGACCGUGGCCUGGACUUCUUGCCAAAGACAGCUACUCUUUUGUGGCCGCCUACCUGACUGUGCUGUACUUUAAAAAAAAGAGGAAAAAAAAAAAUCCUUUUUGUAACAAGUGCAGAAAACAAAGAAAAAAAAGAUACUGGUUGCAUUGUAAUUCAUGCAACAUGCUUUUUUUUAAGAAAAGGAAAACACAAAUUUGGCCUUCGCACAUUUUUUGCAAAGAACAGAAGGUAUUUUUUUUCUGUAGUGUGAUCACAAUGAAAACUAGAUUGUCUUUUGUUCCCUUUCCCUUGAGGAGUUGUCCUUGUUGUCUGGGGUACAUUUCUCCUCGCUGAGAUGCAUCUCCUGGGGUGUGUUCUUGUCUGUCCCUAGGUACCCAGUGUGAUGUGAGACACGAGUGUCUGUGCUUCUUUGUCCCAUGUGCAACUCUCUCUUCCGCGGGGGUCGGGCAGGCGUGAGGGGUGCAGAGAGCAGAUUUUGAGGGGGGGCCUGGAAGGAGGGUCGGCAGGACCUGAGGCUCGUUGGCUAAGCUCCCACAGACACGUGGGAGCUUUUUUAACUCACUGUGUCCCACGCCUGCAGGGGACCACAGAUGGGCUGACCUUGCUCUGGGCAAUUUCAUGAUCUCACAGCACCUUUUGUAAGCUGCCCCAAACUCAUUCUUAAGCUUUCGAUUUUGACGCUAAAUGAAACCCCCUCCUGCUUUUGCCAGUCUUGUGUGGUUGUCAGUGCCAUCCCAGCGCUGGGAUGGAGACAGUGUCUCCCAGGCCCUGUCCCGUGUCUGAUGACAUCCUCCCAGGUUUAAGAGCCCCAGCCUCCCCAAGAGGCAGAGGCACCCAGGAUGCCUGUGGUUGCUUGGGCCUCCCAAGAUGUUUCUCAGACGCCUCCUCUCUCCCGUAGUCAGAUGUGAGAACCAGCGCCGCACAACAAGCCCCCAGUGUGGGUACCACGCCAGAGGGAAAGGUCACCCACGCCGAAAGGAUGGCAGUGGUGGCAAGGGUACCAGCCUGCCUUCCUAGGCGAACCCCUCUCCCCACACUUUGCUUACCUUCCCUCCGCUGCUCAGCUGCCACCGCUGAGAAACAGGAGUGUGAAGAGAGGUACUUGGUGGCCUUUGAUUCUGGAACGAGGCUUCAGGAAAACUCAGCCAAAGAGGGGAAGGCCUGAGCCAAGCAUCCUUGUAACCAGCUCCCGAGGGCUUCUCUGCCUCCCACACAUGGGGCUGACUGCCGAGCUGGGAUGCGGCUGGAUAGGCUUUCGGGACACUCUGUCUGUGAAAUUCUUCUACGGCCUCCCCCCACAGGAGCCCAGCAAGGGUCCUAGGGCAAGAUUAAGGAGCAAGGAGGAAGGAGCUAAUCGGAUGUGGCUGGCCUGGCCCAGCACGAUUGGGGGCGGUCCCUGAACCUGGUGCCCACGGAUCCCCUAGGAGGCCAGGCUCCAGCUGUCCCUGGGAAGACCUAUGCCUGAGGUCAGUGGGAAGAGGCUGAAGCGUUCUCAGGAGCCAGCACCCCCCACACCCGGAGGGCAAGCCCAGGGAGGGGAGCAGCCGAGGCCCGGGGAGCAGCAAGGGGCGAGGAGAGCAGCCUGGAGAGCUGGGGACACCUUUCUCCUCCUGUUUUACCUGCCGAAUAACCAUCAUCAUUACCACUCACAGGAGGCUCUGGGAGACCAGGAGGGGAAGGCAAAUGCUUCCUUUUAAGCUGGGCUUCUUAGAAAAUGGGACUUUGUGUGGGUUACAUUUUACAUUUAAUGUGGAAAAUGAAUUCUGAGUCUGAGCUCUCCCCCGUGGAAACCUCGUUGGACUGACAAGCUCAUGGCACCUUUAUAGCCUUACUCACAGAGUCUUCAGAAUAUUCCAUGCGCUAAUGAAACCAAGACGGUCUCUUACUGCAUGAGAUUCGGGGCAGCGCGGAGUCUGGGUUCUGCCCGGCAGAGGGAGGCCCCCAAAGCUGCUCGGGAGAGGAGGUCUCGCCUUACGUCACCCCACUGGGAUUAGAGGCUGUGUUUUGCUAAGUGCUCUUCCUGUUUCCAAAAAAAGUCACACCCCGGCGAAGAGUGAGCCUUGGCCUGUCUGUGCACUGAGCUCCGCCGGGUCAGAUGCAGGGCUCCGCGGGCCCACUGUGCGAGGCAGAAGCUGGUCGCGGGUUCCGUCCAACAGAAUCCUUCCUGGAUGGGAUGGAAGACAGUUUGGCCUGAAGAACACAAGGUUUUUCUAUCCAAAAAUAGACUUAUGCUUCUCAAAGGUACUUUUCAUAGUAGGGGCCCUUAAGCAAUGGGACCUUUGAGCAACGGGACCCUUGCCUACUGGCCUAGACGGCUGCCUGACAUCCGUCAAGACCCGCUGGAGAGGUCGACUUGGAGGUCAGAGGCAGCCUGGGGGCCGAGGGACCCAUCUCCCUACACCUCCCCCACCUUCUGAUUCUCCACCCCCCCCCCCAAAGUAGUAGUGUGGACUCUUAAAGAUCAAAGCCACCGAGAUUAUCAAGCAUUCUUUUUCUUUAAACCAAUGAUGUUACAUUUUUCCCGGUUGACACACUGCCCAGGAGGCCCGGCUUCUGUAACGGGGAGAAGCUGGGGCAUCCGCAGGCUUUAGGGAAAGGACCUUGAGUGUGGGGCAGGCAGCAUCACGUCCCUCAGGUCACACCGGUGCUGUCGUUGGAGGUGGUGCUUCUGGCCUUGGCCCUUUUGAGUUGGUUUCCAUGAGGGCUGGCAGGUGGCUCGGUGCCUCUCCUUUCGGUGUGUCCUCCUGCUGAGACCUGCAGUCCCAAUCUCACAGCAAGAGUGGGUCCAAAGGCGUAAGUCAGAGUUGCCUGUGCCAAUUAGUGGCCUCCAGGCAUGAAAUCCCACCCUUGAAAGCAGCUGCCCUUUUGGCAUUUACCAACCAAAAGGUGACCAUUCCUUAGAGACCCCAGUCCUCCCUCGCUUGGCCCAGAUUCACCAUUCUGCUCGAUGUCACCUCCUGACCCUCGAGAAAGGUUUCUUUUGGAAGAGUUCCCGCCUUCUGCCCUCCUCCCCAUGGCUGCCAUCAGCCCCUCAUCCUCAGCCCCUCUGUCAUCACCUUAAACAGGACUUCAGUGAUUCCCCAACUUUAUUUUUUACAGGAUGAGACUCCCUUUAACCCACCCUCCAGCCAUCACCGGAGGGCAGAGCUAUGACAGUGGGAAGAAGGGAAAGAAACUCCAUGGUAAAUUAGACCUCCGGACUGUUGGCUGGGAAUUAACCCAAGGAAGAGGGCAGUGCCUGAUUGCUACCUGUGGAUGGAGGGUUUGCAGCAAUUUCUAAGAGACGGACCAGAGGCUGAAAAUGGCCAGUGGGUGUGAUUUUAAAGAGUUGGGAUGAUGUGGAGCUGGGAGCCGAAGGUGCUGUAGGCAAGGAAGGUGAGUUAAACUGGGCAGUGUUUUUAUAAACAUGUAACAAGGAGUCAGAUUUGCGUUAGAAAUAAAUAAAAAACUAAAGGACCUUUUUGGCUGUGACUUUCAAGUACCACCCUCGUGGAUGGCAGAGGUUUCCAAUAUGCAAAGACGAGAUUUCCAUGUGAAAUCUUAGACUCGUUUUGCAUCUGCAGCCUCGGAUUUGUGGUUGCCUCGUGGUGAGGACCGUGACCCUGAGCCUGGUGCCCAGGAGGAAGGAGUCUGCCAGGCCUCAGCAGGGUCUUGGGCUUUUGGGUUUAUUCCCCCGGUGCUCCAAGUUGAAUCAUCUUCCAUUCCUCACAAGAACCACUGAGCCCAGGCUGUAGCUUCUGGGCCUGGGCUGGGGCCUGCCUCCUGAGGGGCCCCAGAAAAAGAAAAAAAAAAUCCAGCCUCUUUUUUCCCUUGGGAUCCUAAAAGCCCUUUAUAUAAGGCUUAUAAUUCCCAGGUAGGUUUCUACACUUGUCUGCAUGUUAUCAGUUAGGAGGGGAUUAAGGACAGAACUCUGUAGUUCCAGGCCCUUUCGCUGAACUUUCCAAAAACAGCAAACUCAUUGUCAUUGCUCAGGUGACAGAAACCUCAUCCUCUCCAACCGUGACACUCUCAAAAACCAGCCUUGUGCACGUGACCACCCCAGGCAGUGGUGAGCUCUUAGGUUUCAUCAUGAACGUGCAAGAUCAGCACGGCGGAAGCCUGGGUGGGGCCGAGGCUGGCUUUCUCACCCCCUCGGGAAUGCCAAAGGCAUGAUACCUGGCGACCUCUUGGUCCCCAAGAACAUGCGUUUCAUUCUGAGGGCAAACGGCCAAUGAAGAACCAACUCUCCGGCAGGCUCAGCCAUCCUGGCAGAAACAGAGUCACAGAUGUCUGGUGGCGCCUGCGGCCCUGGAGUCAUCCAACACCGGAAUCCCACCUUUCUAAACCUGCCUGUUGUUCUCGAAGACUUCUGAACCCGCAGCUUCGGCAAAAGGACCCUCCAAGCUGCCUCUGGACGACCACCACUGGAGACUCUGGCCUUACCAUGUGGACAUAGUUUUCCUGAAGUCUGGAACUAAUUUUGAGAAGUUUUUUCUCAACACUUUUGUGUUUCUAACACUGUAUUCUCGACUGUGUAAAUACCGACAAGGCUGUAAAUAAAUGCAGAUGUAGAUACCUUCUAGAAAAAAAAAAAAAAAAAGGCAUAAAAACAAAACCAGAAGUGAUCCUGUGUAGCCUUCGUUGACAAAUAAAAGAAUAUUUUGUGUUUAAA